AUGGCUUCCGACUCUAAGAUCUUGCCCAAGAAGGGCCAGCGCAAUAUCCUGGUCACCAGUGCUUUGCCCUACGUCAACAACGUGCCUCACUUGGGUAACAUUGUUGGUUCCGUUCUCAGUGCUGAUGUCUUUGCCAGAUUCCACAAGGCUUGCGGACAUCAAACACUCUACAUCUGUGGUACCGAUGAGUAUGGAACGGCAACCGAGACCAAGGCUUUGGAGGAGAAGGUGACCCCGGAGGAGCUGUGCGCCAAGUACAACAAGAUCCACCAGCAGGUGUACGAAUGGUUUGAGAUUGGCUUCGAUCACUUCGGACGCACCCCGACCCAGCAACACACCGAAAUUUCCCAGGCUAUCUUCAAGAAGCUCUACGAGAACGGCUAUCUGACGGAGAAGACGGCGGAACAACCCUUCUGUGAGACACAUGGAUCUUUCUUGGCGGAUCGUUACGUGGAAGGUGAAUGCCCCCGGUGCCACUACGACGAUGCUCGUGGUGACCAGUGCGAUAAGUGCGGUCACCUCUUGGAUCCCUUCGACCUCAUCAACCCCCGCUGCAAGCUUGAUGGCGCCACUCCCGUCCGCCGCUCCACGAAACACAUCCACCUUCUCCUCGACAAGCUCCAGCCUCAGAUUGAAGAAUGGUCUAAGAAUGCCAUCGAAAAGGGCGACUGGCCUAAGAACUCGCGUGUCAUCACCGAGUCUUGGUUGAAGGAAGGUCUGAAGGACCGCGGUAUCACCAGAGAUUUGAAGUGGGGUGUCCCCGUGCCUCUGGAGGGAUUCGAGAGCAAGGUGCUUUAUGUCUGGUUUGAGGCUUGCAUUGGUUACCCCUCCAUCACGGCCAACUAUACCCCCGAUUGGGAGCUCUGGUGGCGGAACCCGGAGGAUGUCCAGCUGUAUCAGUUCCUGGGCAAGGAUAACGUUCCCUUCCACAGUGUCAUCUUCCCCGGUUCUCAGCUGGGAACCAAGGAGAAGUGGACUAUGCUUCACCACCUGAGCACCACGGAGUACCUGAACUACGAGGGUGGCAAGUUCAGCAAGUCGAGAGGUAUUGGUGUCUUUGGUACCAGCGCCAAGGAGACGGGUGUGCCCCCAGAUGUGUGGCGCUACUACCUCCUGAAGAACCGUCCCGAGACUGGUGAUACCCAGUUCGAAUGGCGCUCCUUCGUUGAGAGCAACAACAGCGAGCUGCUGGCUAAGCUGGGCAACCUUGUCAACCGUGUCAUCAAGCUUGUUACGGCAUCUUACGGCUCGGUCGUUCCCGAGUUCACUGUCCCCGAGAGUUUCCAGCCUACCUUGGACGAAGUCACGGCUACUCUCAGACAGUACAUUGAAGAGAUGGAGGGUGCACACCUCCGCGCUGGUGUGGUGAGUGCGAUGAAGUUGGCCGAAGCCGGAAACGGUCUGAUCCAGGCCAACCGCCUUGAUAACUCGUUGAUUGCCAACGAGCCCGAGCGUGCUGCCGCGGUCGUCGGUACUGUGCUCAACUUGAUCCAUCUCCUGGCCAGCGUUUUCUCUCCCUACCUCCCCGCCACCUCCAAGGCUAUCAACGAGCAGCUCGACGUGCCGUUCGGCCUGAUCCCCUCUCUGGAGGACAUCAAGGACGGCUGGAAGCCGACUGCCAUCAAGCCGGGUCACAAGAUCGGCAAGGCCAAGUACCUGUUCUCUCGUAUCGACCCCAAGAAGGCCGACGAGUGGCGCGAGAUGUUCGGUGGUUCCCAGGCCGACCGCCAGAAGAAGGAAGAGGAAGCGGCCAAGGCUGCGGCCAAGAAGGCUGCAAAGGAUGCCGCUAAGGCCAAGAAGAAGGAGAAGAAGGCCAAGGCUGCUGAGGCCGCUGCCGCCGGCAGCAAUGUUGAAGCCUCCGCCAAGGGAGGCGCCCAGGCUGUGGAGGUCACCACCGAUAGCAAGACCGACGAGGCCGUCGAGAAGGUUGCCGAUGGCGUGGCCCAAGUCACCAUUCCCUCCUCCUAA